UCCUGAAGGGUUUGUUGUCAUAUGCCUGGAUACGGUGCUUGAUCCUGUGACGCUGCAGCGCUGCAGAUGACCACAGAAAACCCCGUCGACAUCACAUUAAAAGAGGGAUAAUGAUGGACGAGAGCGCAGAGCUGUCUGUCUCUAUAACGCAGAUUGUUCAGCGGCUCAAAGGGACUCAUUUACAUUCUCAGCUGGAGAAACAGGCUAAAGAAUGUUUGCACAAACCCGAAAUUAAACUGGAAACGCUGAAAGAUGAUGUGAGAAGAUUGUUAAAGGCAUCAGGUUGGGAGAGAAAAUUACAAAAUGCGGUAUACAGGGAAUUACACAUUCUGCCUCCCCCUGGGCACCCUAGAGCACCUCCUGAACACACCAAAGAGCCCUUGGCAUAUAUGCGCAAAGCCCAGGUUAACUGGGAGAAGAGGAUCCUGAAGAGUUUGAACAGUAUGUGCACCGAGCUGGGAAUUCCAUUGGCACGGAAGCGGCCAGUUCCAGAGCAGAACGAGCUGACAAAUAAAUGGAACGAGAUGGGAACUGAUGAACCAGACCUAAGCAAAUUCAGGCCUGUCUACGCACCCAAAGACUUCCUUGAGGUGUUUGUAGGUUUAAAAAACCCAAAUAACGAGCGCAGUGAAGAUCUCACAGUCAGAAGCCACUGGGGAUUAAUCCAGGUUUCCCUCAAUGGCCGUGACAUUCCUCAAAUGAGGGAAAUGUAUCCAGAGCUAGGUCUUACUUAUGGACAGCUUGGUAUAGAUGAUCACACUCAUGUUCCUCCAGAUUUGUUUGAGAGUGAGCACAUUCACAUUGGAAAAAAAGUUGUGAGCGAGCAAGACAGUGCAGCGGCGCAGCAGUACAGCAGGCAGGGCUGUCCCACCGGUCUCAGGGCCCAGCUCUGGUCUCUCAUCCUGAAUACUACUAAUGAUCCGGAGGCCAUAACACAUUACGAACAGCUGAAGGCUAGAGUCAUACACCAUGACCUGCUGGUGGACAACCUAAUAUAUAAGGAUGUGAAGCUUACUGCAAGUAAUGACGAUUACUACUUUGUGUUUGAGGACUAUUUAUACCAAGUCUUGCUGUGUUUUUCUCGAGACACUGCAGUCCUGGAGCAUUUCAACUACAACUGCGCUUCACCGCCUAAAUCUUGCAUGCAAAGCAAGUCUGGCUCUGAGCAGUGUGCUGUGGUUUACCCCCCGAAUGGUGUCAUUCCAUUCCAUGGCUUCUCUAUGUAUGUUGCACCACUGUGCUUCUUAUAUAAUGAGCCAUCGAAGCUGUACAGCGUAUUUCGAGAGAUGUAUAUUCGCUACUUCUUCAGGCUACACUCUGUCUCCUCACAUCCAUCUGGUAUAGUGUCUUUGUGCUUGCAGUUUGAGAGAUUACUGCAGACUCAUCUUCCCCAGCUUUUCUACCAUCUACGAGAGAUUGGAGCCCAGCCGUUACGUAUUGCCUUUAAGUGGAUAGUCCGGGCCUUCUCCGGAUACCUGUCCACUGACCAGCUCCUAUUGUUAUGGGACCGUAUCCUAGGAUAUGAUUCCUUAGAGAUUGUAGCAGUCCUGGCCGCUGCUGUCUUUGCCUUCCGAGCCGAAAACCUAAUGGAAGUGACAUCACUGGCAUCAGCUGAGGCUGUUCUUGCAGACCUCUCAACCCUGAAGGUGAUGCCCUUGCUACAGAUCUUCCUCUUCGCCACCUCUGUCUGAGAAGCUGGUGGUGUAUUUGUCUGUUUUGGUGGCUGGAUGUUCCAGUCCAUUAUGAUUUCCUAUUGACUGUAAAGGGAUAGUUUAACAAAAAAUUUACUCACCCUCAUGUCAUUCCAGUGACAUUUGUAUAACAUGUUAUCAUGACGUUCGGUCUUCAUUUUUUACCCAAUGUAACCAAUUCCUCUUACUUAGCCACCCCUAACUUCUUGCACCAUUCUGGUUCUGCAUGUAACUGCCUCUCAAAAUUCAGUGAAUUCCAAAUGGAUCAAUUGAAGCCCCCACACACUGCUUUUUCCUUUU